UUGCUUGACCCUACAUCGCGUCCCACCGCCUCUAAUUGCGAACCUCCAGGCGAAAACCACAUACUCAAAUCGUCUUAUCAGUGUCAGCGAAUGCGACAAGCUAUGGUUACCACACGACGGAGCGGUGUCAACGCCGCACCAAUUCCCUAUGCCCUUCCGAGACCAUCGAAAAGGAGGAAAAUCACAGUCGACGAAGCAGAGCGAACGAGGGAACCUGCCAAAAUACAGCCCUCAAUCUCAUGGACUUCAUCCAGGUCCAUGGACAGCACGGCACAGAAUCGACCAAGCAGCGAGUUGAGCGAACUUACUCUCACCUCACCAUCUAAUAGGAGAAAGGCUCAUUGUGUUCUGCCUGCCACAGCGUAUCAGCCCAAGCAAGCUCCAGUCAAACGAUCGACCGAACAGAUCUUGGCUGCUCUGAAGAAGCUUACCACGCCUGGCAGCUCUCACAACCCGAUUGUCUUACUCGAGGAAUCUCCUCCACCGAAAGUGCAGCAGACAAGCAAAGAUCCCAGCAAAGUCGAGCCACACAUGUUUCAAGACAGACACAGCAAGAUAUACAUGUAUAAUACCUCACGACCUGCUCUUGCACCGAGACCAGCCAACGGCAGUACGUUCACCGGCCACCCAGGUCACGACAUAUAUCGCAUGCGUACAGCAAAGACAGCAACACCAGGGUGGCUUACGAUUGGAUCUCAGCAGCUUCGAUCGGAUGUCCCACUCCAGGCGCAACACCCCAUCUCUGCUCGCUAUGUAGCACCGCAGCCAGGCACUGCGUAUGCCUCAGCGAGGCCAAUCGUCCCGUACACUCCAGCACACAUGAACUACCCAGCGCCAAUGCCACUCAACGAAGAACAGCUGCGGAGCAAGGCUUUGCAAUACGUCCGGGAGUACUCAAGAUCAUCAUCUCGAAAACGGAAGAUGGCAGAAGACCCCGACGAGACCAGCGAGUCGGACUCUACCGAAGUCAAAACCAACACUGCACCGCCUCGCAAAUCAUGCUUCAAGCCAGUUGCCAGUGGCCGGGCCAAGUUCCAGAGCAGACCGGUGACCAUCCUGCCCGAUCCUCACUUCCAGCUCUCGCCACUGAUACAGCAAGCGUCGCUCCUCACGUCACUCCUGCGAGUCUACCCCCGAUCAGCAGACCAAAAGGGUAUGAGGGAGGACAUCGCCAUGCUUGCGUCGAUACAGAAUCAGCACCUGGCUGACUGGCUCAACUUUGAAGUCGGGCAGUCUCGAAAGAUGGCGAGUCCACACACGCCCCGCGUGCGCAGCGCCGCUGCUGUGUUGCCCGGUAGACGAGCCCCUCGCGCUGUCGCGGCUGACGAGCUUGUGGAAGCGGAGAAGAAGAGGAAGCGAGACGAUGAGGUCCGGCGUCUUCUCUCUGCUGGCGCGGAAGUGUGGCAGGAUGGCUCUGGGCUGAGCGUGGCGGAUGUAUUCGCAGACGACGCAGUUUGCACACGGGCAGACGGGGGGGAUUAAGCAACGAGCUAAGGGAGGUGAGGGCCGAUGUGUGGAAGUAAAGGGGCGGAUUAUGUCGAGGGUGUUGUACGAGACCGGCUUCAGAUGAACACUUGGCUAGCACACAACACAAUCGCACGUGACGGUCUAUUCGGGUAUCUGAACUCUUCCAGGCAUAACAAGAGCCACAGCGACUAUUUUCCCUUGUUUUCCCUCUUACGACUAAUUCCCCUU